AUUCAAUGUUUUUCUCGUGUCUUAUCUAUCCAUCUUAGUGACCUCUUAUCGUUGAACUAUUAAACAGCGUAAUCAAACGAGACGUGAGUCAUGUCUCACUUUUGAAAACACGACGGAGGAGGGAGGAGUGGGGAGAGACGCAAUCAGAUGAUCAAAUGACAGACGCCAGCAGCCACACAUAUCACACAUAUAUAUUUACGAAACGCUUGAUAAAUGUAACGGAGAAUGGGGAAUUACCGGUAUGUCGUGCAUUAUUCCGUCAUAACGCAGUGGCUUUCGCAAAUGUUGGGGCAAAAGUGAUAUCUCGAAUAUCGCGUAAUUCGCAGAAAAACUCGAGCUCAUGCAUUUAUUUAUUUAUUUUGCGUUCUCGCGGCAGACAUAUAUAUACAAAAUGUAGAGUCUCCUAACCUCGCAUCCGCGUGAAUCGACUUGACAGGAGUAGGGGACUCGCAGAAGAUUUGUAAAGCACAGUGCAGAAGACACAUAUUGUAUUUCAUUUCGACAUUAAUUGAAACGAAUCGACCGAAUUGCACGAUGAACGAGAAUCCGGAGAACAUUACCUCGGAAUCGUUCUAUGCGCUGUUAGUCGCCUUUGAAACCAUGAAGGAACGUUGUCAGCGACUACAGACGCGGCUGGCAGCGGUGGAGAAGGAAAACCUUCGUCUCAGGCUCGAAUGUGGCAGAGAUGCGUCAACAGCUAUCGUCAAAGCAGAUAACAGCAAUGACGAAUCUACGCUGCAGGAAAAGAUUGAGGAAGUUACAAAACAAAAGUCUCAGCUAUCUGAUCACAUGUUUAUGGUAGCAGCAGAAAAUCGUCAGCUGUGGAACAGAUUAACAAGAUUGACAAAGACUAAUAAAACCCUUGGUAGUCAGUUGAUUAAAAUCUCGGAUACACUUAAACAGCAUCCUGCUAUACAGCCAUCUGACAUUACGUCGUACAACUUUCGUGAUGUGUCUAAUUUGGAUACCUCGGAUCCUAAUAAGAAAUAUUUAUUAACUACAGAUGGUGAGAAGGAACAAAGUUUGGAAGAAAUAUCCCUUCGAUUGAUAAAUAGUAUUAUGUUAGAAAAAUCUGAUCUUGAGCAACAAUAUGCCGAGAUGGUGGAGUUACAGAAUAAUUCGGAACUAAAUUUACAAAAAAUUGGUUUUACAUAUCCAGAAGAUUCUGAUACAGAUUCACUGGAACAAAUGAAACAGGUUGAAAUUCGCUUGUUCCAAACUAAAGAUGCCUUACUCGGACAGCAAACUAGAUUAAAAAGGACCUUGCAGAACCUUAAAAAGAUGAGAAAAGGCACAAUAUGUAAUAAUUGUCGAGAAAACGCAAAUAAGAAAAUGUGUCAAACAGGUACACAAUUUGAUUCCAAUGAUAGCUUCAAGGAGCAUGAAGCAACUCAAACUAGUCUUAUGACACCCAGUAUUUCUAUGGAAAAAUAUCCUAACAUAAACGAUAACAUAGAUGCAAAUACCAAUACAUGUCCAUUGUGCGGUAUUGUUUAUGGAAAAUCUAAACCAUUUACAGAAUUUCACGAGCAUGUUUUAAGUCAUUUUAUCAAGGAAGUGUCAGAUGAGUUCGAGCUUGUACAUUGAUCUUCUAAAUCAAUACUGAUUUAUACUAUUCAUAAUAGUUUUUAGAUUUUGUGUAUAAAAAAAUUUUUAUGAGAUAUAAAAUAUUAAAAUAGAUAAAAUAUGUACAAUAUGACAAACUAUAAGCGCAACAUAGAAAACUGUGAAACAAAGGAUGACUAUUGCAAUAUAGAGAUAUAUUUAUUUUUGUAUCAAUAAACUCUAUUGCAAAUUGAAAAUGGAAUCUAUUUUCCAGAAUUAGAAAUAGUUAUUAAUAAUAAAAAAAUAUGAAUAUUUGUGUAAUAAAAACACUACAGUAUUUA